AUGCCUGCUUAUUGUAAUCAAUUUCCUCUUCAAAAUGCUUUUGCGCUUACUGUACAUAAAACGCAAGGGUUAACUAUAUUCAAUGUUUCAGUAUCAAUCGAUAAACAAAUGUUUGCAUAUGGUCAAGCAUAUGUAGCGCUUAGUAGAGCCCCAUCAUGGAAUUCUUUAGAUAUUACUGCAUUUGAUCCAAAUUCCGUAAAAACUGAUCUAGCUGUUAUUGCUAAAUAUAACUGUUUAACAUCAAUGCACAAUAAUG